AUGUUGGGACCAACCUCUGCUGGAAGGCGCGUGUCGAACACUGUUGUCAACACAGCGGAAACAAGGAUGAGGGUGCCUAGUGUGCUCGGGAGACCGCGGCAUCAGAUGCUGCUCGCGCUCUGCUGGCUGUUUUUGGUUCGGACGAGGAGCGGAGCAGUCUCCAGAUGUGUGGACCAUGCCUGUAGCCCACCAAUCGGGAACUUGGCUAGUGGCAGGACCCUCCUCACCCACUCCAGCUGCUGUGGGAACAGCUCCUUCCACCACAGUCCUUGUCCAAGUCCCCCUGCGGCCCCCCGCCUCCUCUGCCCAGAGGACACCCACCCGUCCGCUCACAUGACCGACGACCCUUUCUUGCAUCCGAAUACCUGGUGGGCGUCAGGUGCGGGCGCCGCCGUGCCGGAGCAGCGGGAUGAGAUCCGGUUGGACCUGGAAACCCAGUUCUGUCUGUCCCAUGUCGUGUUGGUGUUCAGGUCACCGCGGCCCGCCGCCAUGGCCAUUGAGCGUUCAGCUGACUUUGGAAAGACCUGGGAAGCCCUUAAGCUAUUUGCACAGAAUUGCAGCACGGAGUUUGGUUUGCCCGAUGAUUACACUCAGCCGGGCUCGUUGUGCACAUCCCGUUAUACCGGCGUGACACCCUGCAGCGGGGGGGAGGUAAUAUUAAGGACGCUUGACCCCGGCAGUGUUAAAAGACUGGACCCUUACAGCCCGGAGGGCCUCGCCCGCCUCACCCUCACUAAUCUCCGCAUCAGACUGCUGAAAGCUCAGACCUGUCCUCCACCUCUCAGCCCCACAGCCUCGGCUCUGACUUCAGCAUCCGCCGGAGGAAGCCCAGCUUCAGCACCGUAUGCUAUUUAUACUUUACUGGCCAGAGGGACCUGCCUGUGCUAUGGACAUGCGGAGUUCUGUGUGCCACACAACAGCAGUCGAGACACAAGGCAGGACAGUAAGAUGGUGCCUGGUAGGUGCCUGUGUACUCAUCACACGGCGGGUGACCACUGUGAGAAGUGUGCCCCGCUCUACAAUGACCGUCCCUGGAGGCCGGCCAACAGCAGCAGCGGGGAGUCCAUCCCGUGCCAGAAGUGCCAGUGUCAUGGUCACGCCGAUACCUGUCACUUCUCUCAGCGGGCUUGGCUUUCCUCCGGUGGCACCAGCGGGGGCGUUUGUGACGCCUGCAGACACAACACGGUCGGACGCAGGUGCAAGCGCUGUCGCCACGGCUACCACCGCCACCCAUCGCUGCCCCUCGACUCCCCCCACGCCUGCACACGAUGCUGGUGCGACCCACAGGGCUCUUUGCCCAGUCGUCCAGGAGAGGAGGGCCCCUGGUGCCACCCGAGAAGCGGGCAGUGCCAGUGCAAAUCUGGCGUCGGCAGCACGAGCUGCAGCCGCUGUCGGCCCGGCUAUUGGGGGUUUGGAGCACAGGGCUGUAAACCCUGCGCAUGCCCUCACAGCUGUGAUCCAACCACUGGACGGUGUCUGGACAGCUACUCAAAUAACCAGGUGUUCCAUGUGCCCAUUGGUGGGAAAAUCCCCAAUCUGGAUCACACGCUCACAAUAGAAGAAGAGGUGCAGUGGUCGAAGGAGCUCGCGGUCUCUGCUCUGCAUUACACAGGAAAGUGUAGCUGUAAAGAGAAAAGGCUGCGAAGCGUGUCUGACCUCUGUAAGGUCAAACAUGAUUACGUGAUCAAGGCCAGCGUGCUGUCGGCUCACGACAAAGGCAGCCACGCAGAAGUGCAGGUCAAAGUUCGCAAGGUCCUGCGAUCAGGCAAAGUGGCGCUCUACCUGGGCACCAUCAGCAUCUAUCCUCUGUCCUGGACCAGCCGCGGCUGCACCUGUCCUAUUCUAAAUCCAGGUAUGGAGUACCUGCUCGCAGGCCCAGAGGAGGCCGGGACAGGCCGCCUACUGGUCACAAUGCAGAGUGUGGUGGUCCCAUGGACACCCCAACUAGGUGUACUUAUAUCAGAGGGUCUGAGGAAUGGAUGCACGCGAAUAUAG